UCCGACUCCCCACUUCCCCCCAUCCAUGACGAUCGCCGGCGAGCGCGCCCCCUCCUCCGUCGCCGUCCGCCAGGUCUGGUCCUGGAACCUCGACGCCGAGUUCGCCCUCAUCCGCGACCUCAUCGACCGCUUCCCCUUCGCCUCCAUGGACACCGAGUUCCCCGGCCUCGUCUUCCGCCUCCCCCCAGCCCCCGACCGCCGCCCCUCCCCCUCCGACCACUACCGCCUCCUCAAGUCCAACGUCGACGCCCUCGCCCUCAUCCAGGUCGGCCUCACCCUCUCCGACUCCCUCGGCAACCUCCCGGGCUUCAUCUGGGAGUUCAACUUCCGCGACUUCGACCCCGCCCUCCACCCCCACGCCCCCGACUCCAUCGAGCUCCUCCGCCGCCAGGGCGUCGACUUCGACCGCAACCGCGCCGAGGGCUGCGACUCCGCCCGCUUCGCCGAGCUCCUCAUGUCCUCCGGCCUCGUCUGCAGCGACGACGCCGUCAGCUGGGUCACCUUCCACAGCGCCUACGACUUCGGCUACCUCGUCAAGGCCCUCACGCACCGCGACCUACCCGGCGACCUCGCGGACUUCCUCGCCGUCGUGCGGGUGUUCUUCGGGGACCGGGUCUACGACGUGAAGCACCUGAUGCGGUUCUGCCACAGCCUGCACGGCGGGCUGGACCGGGUCGCCGCCGCGCUCGACUUGGACCGGGCGGUCGGGAAGUGCCACCAGGCCGGCUCGGACAGCCUCCUCACGUGGCAAGCGUUUCGGAAGAUUAGGGACGUCUACUUCGCCAGCGACGGGCCGGAGAAGCACGCCGGCGUGUUGUAUGGCCUAGAGGUCUAUUAGGAUCCAAAUUCAAUUCAUUCUUUUGAAGUGUAUCAAAAUUUGUUGGCACGUUUUGUGAAUAUCGUUGGGUUAGCUUUA